AUGUGGAUGGGUACUUAUCCAUCAAACCCAUCCUAUCUCCUGUCUACAGGGCAACCACUGGCAGACUAUUUGGUCAAAAACCCUCAACUGGUCGGUAAAUCUGUCUUGGAUCGCUGGGGAGCGGAGAUUCCAUUCCUACCAAAGAUAUUGUCAUUCUCCAAGGCUCUACCUCUCCAGAUUCAUCCGGAUCUUGAUCUAGCGAAGAAAUUGCAUCAGCAAGACCCAGCUAAAUUCGGUGAUACCAUGCACAAACCGGAGAUUGCCAUUGCACUUUCUAAAUUCGAGCUCUUUGCUGGUUGGAAGCCCUUGAAGGACAUUGAGGCAUUAUGCAAACUGAAACCGCUUCAAUGCUUUGUGCCUCAAUCCACGAACUUCACUGAUGAAACCCUUCGACAGAUGUGCAAAUCAAUGCUGAAAGCCUCCCCGUCGACUGUAGCCUCUACCAUUAAAGAACUACAGAAAGUCCCUGAGUCACAGUUCGGACCAGACCAGUAUAUCCCGGGAUUACUGGAUCGAUUGAACAAGCAAUACACCGAGUGCGACAAUGGAAAUCUGGUUGCAGCGGUGUUAAUGAACUAUAUGAUCCUGGGGCCUGGGGAUUCGGUAUGGGUCCCGGCGGACAGCAUUCAUGCAUACCUGGAAGGUGAUAUUGUGGAAUGCAUGGCUCGAUCCGACAAUGUGAUAAAUACGGGCUUUUGUCCAGCGCCUGACCGUGACAGUAUCGACCUUUUUGCUCAAGCUAUGUCAUUUGUUCCACAUAACUCGAACGACGCACUUUUACCUCGUCAGAAGAGCGACAAAGGCAUGAAUGGAAAAACCGACGUUUACGCACCACCAACCAGCGAGUUCAAUGUGCUCUCAACAUGUCUUGGUCCUGGGGAAAGUGAAGUUCACAAAGCUAUUCUCGGCCCUAGUUUGAUGAUUGUAACAAAGGGAUGUGGUGAUAUGAAAAUUCCGGGGAACCAGACAGUUUCCCUGAAAGAAGGAUAUGUAUUCUUUGUCGGCCAAGGGGUUGCAAUCGAGUUUGGGACCGAGAGGGGAAUUGCUUUUUAUCGUGCGUACACUGAAUGA